UCAGCACCGACCUGGCGGCCCAUUUGUUGCCAUUGACUAGCGUUCACCCGGCCCUGGAUCCCCCUCUCCCAUCUCCCAUCUCACCACCUCGGCCGCCGCCGCCGCCGCCGCCGCCGCCAUCGCCGCAGCGAUCUGUCACAAUCACCACCGCCACCGGCAAUGCCCACCGCGUCAUAGGUCGAGGCGCGCCAUGCCCCCGCCGACCCCGCUGGCCCGCCUCCUCGCGGCCAUCUCCGCCGCCGCCUCCUCGCCCGCCGACCUCCGCCGCCUCUCCCACCGCGUCCUGUCCCCCUCCGCGCCUCUUCCCCCUCUCCGCUGCCUCAACACCCUCCUCAUGGCCCUCGCACGCCACCGUAUGUUCCCGGACAUGGAGUCCCUCGCCUCCCGCAUGCCCGCCCGCAACCUCCGCACGUACACCACCCUCAUCAACGCCUACUGCCUCGCCGGCGACAUCCCCGCCGCGAAGCAGCAUCUCACCUCCCUCCUCCACGCGGGACUCGCGCCGGACUCGUACGCGUACACCUCUUUCGUCCUUGGAUAUUGCCGCGCAGGGAUGCUGACGCACGCCUGCCGGGUGUUCGUGCUAAUGCCGCUCCGGGGAUGCCUGCGGACAGCGUUCACGUACACGGCGCUGCUCCAUGGGCUGCUUGGCGCAGGGAUGGUUCGUGAGGCUAUGGCAGUGUUCGUUGGGAUGAGGGCGGACAGCUGUGCUCCGGAUACCCAUGUGUACGCGACGAUGGUGCACGGGCUGUGUGAGGCUGGACGAACUGAGGAGGCUGAGGUGCUGCUUGAAGAGGCAAUGUCUAACGGAUUUGAGCCAAAUAUUGUUGUCUACAAUGCGCUGAUUGAUGGCUACUGCAAUGCUGGAGAAAUGGAACAUGCACUUAAGGUCUUCGAGGGCAUGGAUGGCAACCGGUGCUCCCCAAAUGUGCGAACAUACACCGAGCUGAUACAUGGGUUGUGCAAAUCAGGGAAGGUGGAAAGGGCCAUGGUGCUGUUCAGUCGGAUGGUUGAGGCAGGUUUGGAGCCCAAUGUAGUGACAUACACAGCUUUAAUUCAGGGGCAGUGCAAUGAGGGUCACCUGCAAUGUGCUUUUAGGCUUCUUCAUUUGAUGGAGACUAAUGGGCUGGUUCCAAACGACUGGACUUUCUCGGUGUUAAUUGAUGCUCUCUGCAAGCGUGAGAAGGUUGAGGAGGCCCAGUUGUUUCUUGGGUCUCUUGUCAAGAAGGGAGUUAAGGUGAAUGAGGUUGUUUACACUAGCUUGAUAGAUGGAUUGUGCAAGACAGGAAAGAUUGAUGCUGCUGAUGAAUUGAUGCAGAAAAUGAUCUCAGAGGGGUUUGUGCCAGAUGCCCACUCAUACAGUUCACUUAUUGAUGGAUUAUGCAGGCAAAAGAAGUUGUCGCAAGCAACAUUGAUGUUGGAAGAUAUGAUGGAGAAGGGAAUACAGGCAAGUCCUGUAACAUAUACCAUUAUAAUUGAUGAAUUAGUCAGGGAGGUAGGAUCAGAAGGUCCAAAGAAAAUAUUCGACAAGAUGAUCGCGACAGGUAUCAAUCCUGAUAUUGUAACGUACACAGUAUUUGUCCGCUCCUACUGUGAAGAGGGGAGAAUGGAAGAUGCUGAAUCCAUGAUAGUUCAAAUGGUUGAUCGUGGUGUUUUCCCUAACCUAGUCACGUAUAACACUUUGAUUAGAGGGUAUGCAAAUCUAGGACUAGUCAGUCAAGCAUUUUCAACUUUUGAAGUAAUGGUUGGUAAGGGGUGGAAACCAAACGAGGACUCCUACACAGUUCUUCUCAGACUUGUGGUAAAGAAAAGUUCCUCUGAUAACUCUGUUGAUAUAUGGAAAAUAGCAGACAUGAAAGAUCUCCAGGUACUUUUGGAGGACAUCACUGAGCGUCAGUUGCCACUAGCCGCCGAUAUUUACAGUUGUUUCAUUAGAUGUUUAUGCCGAGUUGACAGAUUGGAGGAAGCAAAACAUUUUUUUAUGGGGAUGCAGAAUGCUAACUUGACCCCUAGCGAGGAUGUAUAUACUUCGAUAAUAGACUGCUGUUGCAGAUUAAAAAUACUAACAGAUGCUUUGACAUUGCUUGAUUCAAUGACGAAAAGUGGUUAUUUGCCACAUUUAGAAUCUUAUAGAAUUAUAAUUUCUUCUCUUUGUGAGGGAGGAAACUUUCGCACUGCUAAGGAAGUUUUUGGUGAUUUGUUACUGAAGGAAUCCAAUUAUGAUGAGAUUGUAUGGAAAAUUCUGAUUUAUGGCCUAUUACAGAAGGGCAGUGUUGCUGAGUUCUCAAGUCUGCUCUCCGUCAUGAAGGAACAUGGUUACCAACCUAGUAACACAAUUAAUGCCAUGAUUACAGGUGAAAUAACAGUUACAAAUGAAGUUCAGGAAAUCGCUAGAUAAAUUUGGAGAAACUAACCAACUGUUGUGUUGAUGGUCUACAGCAGAAGUGGCAGGCGGGCUGGAGGGUGACAUGGUGAACGAUCUCGGCAGCAACUGUGGUGGCAGCUGACGUGCUCGAUUGUGACUGGGGAGUGAACUCGAGGGCAGCUGCAAGAACAAUCUGGAGGGCAGCAGCAGUGGUGUUUGAUCUCUGGGAGAGAGGGAUGGAGCCGUGGAGGCAAGAUGGCCUGUAGCUCGAGCACAGAGCUUCUGUUGGCUUGAGCGUGGUUGAGCUGCCAAGAUGUUGGCCUUCCUCGAGCACUAAGCACCUAGUGUGGAGGAAAAACGCGGCGCUUCCGACCAUGGCCGAUUCGAGUGCUCUAGUGAGAAAAAAAAUCGAAUUUUUUAAUUUUGAGGGGCAAUGUUCAUGAGGAUGAGAGGAUGCCAAUUGUUAAAACAAUUUUGUAUUGGUUGAGGCCUUGAGGGGAGAUCGAGUGUGCAACUCAACAUUGUUGCCUUUCUGUGCACAGUGAAGCAACAGAUCCUCAUGGACUACUUCCAUUUGUGGCAUCAGCAUCGGGCUCAGUCGAGCCAGGCGCAGUACCGUCAUUCGAGCUUGAGAACACGUGGACAUGCGAGUGGUCAAGCUCAUGGGCAUGCUGACGGCCAUCAAGCUCGAGCCUCGAGGACGGUGUCCGGCUAGCAUUCGAGCUUGAGAAAGGAGAGGGGGCUGGAGGAGGAAGAAGGAGGAAAAGGCACGGCUGUUGGUUAUGUGUCAAUCCACUGAAGCAAGCGGGCUAUUUGAGAAGAUAGGGUAGCUAUACUUUCAGUGGCUCCAGAAACUGCUAGACUUGGAUAUGUGAAAUUAACAUCCAUUACGAAUGAUCUGAUCCCGGAGCUAGCAUUCUAGUUAAAUUGCUGUGACUGGCCAAAUAACGAUCGGUACAUACUCAAUUCUAUUGAGAACUCAACUUCAUCAAAAUUUGGUGGAAGAGCUAGAGCAAUUUUCAGUCAGUUUGCACACGCCAAGGUAGCUGUGAUCACAGGGACUAAGAAGGAUCAAUUUCCAGGUCAAAAGAGAUAUCCAUAUACAUUAUAUAUCCAGAAGUUGAAGUGUAAUUGCUUGUGAAAAUGGUUCGCAGGAGACUGGAACAUGAUGAAAUUACUAGAUUCUACUUUUGUUAUGGUGAAGAACAUAUACAUAGAAUGAUGGCUGAGUAUGUUCUGAGAAGGUCACUCCAAAAAUAACUGGAUCAGAUAGAUGAGGUGAUCGACUCCUUAAAAAUGCUACAGAUGUUUUUCAUGGUCCAUGCACUGACUAAGCUUCGUUUAUUUUCAAGAGUUUCAAGAUAUGUCAUGAAAGGCAGCAUGAUGGAAUAUUGGCCCCCAUUUUGCAGAACUUGGGCGAGGUUCUUGGAAAGUUCUGAACCUUUGCCUAUAUGAACUCUGGGGAAGUUAGUAUUAAGCUCUAUAUAGUAAAUGAUAUUCACAGCAUUCAACUUGUGUUAAUAGUUUGCAGGCGUGGAAUAUUCUUUUUGACCGGAACAUGGACUAAUUAUUUGACAAUUGUAUAUAGAGAUUCAAUCAAUACAUUCUUGACAGAAAUAAAUGCAGAUAGUGGAUCAUACCAGUUUGAAUAA